GCCCAUUUCGAUAUCCAGUAAGCAGAGAAAGGGUUUCGCAGAGUGCUCUACCAAUAUCGAUCGCCAGUUGCAUUUCAUCGUUUAAAUCAAAUAAGAUUUGAAUGCAAAAGUUGUCAAAAUGGAGUGCGUUGUUCAAGGAAUUAUAGAGAUGCAGUAUGUUGAAGCACUCGAGAUUCUACUUCAAGGUCUUUGUGGGGUUCAUAAAGAACUCUUAAGGGUCCAUGAAAUUUGCCUUAAAAGCGGUCCAAAUCUUGGUUUUGUUGCUUCAGAAGUCAAAUUAUUGUGUGAUCUUGAGCAGCCUGAACCUACUUGGACUGUUAAACAUGUUGGGGGUGCAAUGCGGGGUGCUGGGGCAGAGCAAAUUUCUGUUCUAGUAAGGAGUAUGGUAGAAAGCAAAGCAAGCAAGAACGUGCUUCGAUUAUUUUAUGCGCUUGGGUACAAGUUGGAUCAUGAGCUGCUGAGGGUGGGAUUCACCUUUUGUUUCCAAAGGGGUGCUCAGAUAACCGUAACUGUUUCAUCUGUCAGUAAGAUGCUAAAACUGCAUGCGACAGAUGAUGCUGUGUCUGUAACGCCCGGUAUACAGCUUGUAGAAGUCACUGCCCCUGCAACGUCUGAAAAUUACAAUGAAGUCGUUGCUGCUGUGUCUUCCUUCUGCGAAUAUCUUGCGCCGCUGCUGCAUUUGUCAAAGCCAGGUGUUUCGACCGGUGUAGUCCCUACGGCUGCUGCAGCUGCUGCAUCUCUUAUGUCCGAUGGUGGGGGCACGACCUUGUAAAAUUGCAGAAUGUCAGUAUUAUACUUUUGCAUAGUUGAUGGUUCAUUCAUCACAUUUUAAUCCCUUUCAUUUGGCUAUAUAAGAUGCUCUGUCACUGCUGUUUUUAAUUUCA